UAGUUCAGUACCGCUGUGUGCUUCUACUCUGAAAGAAGUGUCGUCGAAACAAUGGGUGAAGAGGUCGCUGCAAUGUGCGAACUGCUCAUUAAAGCUGUAAAUGUAAUGAUGGACGCAGAAUCUAGCCAACGAUAUCGCCUGGAGGCCCUAAAGUUUUGUGAAGAAUUCAAGGAGAAAUGUCCCUACUGUGUUCCUUGUGGCCUUCAGUUAGCAGAGAAGUCACAGCCAGCAGUGGUGAGACAUUUUGGUCUCCAGAUACUGGAGCAUGUCAUCAAGUUUCAAUGGAACGAAAUGCCACAGCAGGAGAAAAUUCACUUAAAAAACUGCGCAAUGGGAUUGUUAUCAAACGGUACACACCCCAUUUUGGAGGAGGAGACUCAUAUCAAAGACGUCCUGUCACGGAUAGUGGUGGAAAUGAUUAAGAGAGAGUGGCCACAGCACUGGCCAGAUAUGCUCAAAGAGAUGGAAGCACUCACAACACUAGGGGAAGCCCAGACAGAGCUGGUGAUGCUGAUCCUGUUACGACUGGCGGAAGACGUCAUCACGUUUCAGACGCUUCCCUCCCAGAGACGGCGAGACAUUCAGCAGACGCUCACCCAGAACAUGGACAGCAUCUUCAGUUUCCUGCUUACCAUCUUACAGCUGCACGUGGACGAGUAUCGGAGACUGAAAAGAAUUGCUGGUCAAGAAUUAGAGGCUAAAGCCCAUUGUCGGGUGGGCGUGGCCACUCUGAACACCCUAGCGGGUUACAUAGACUGGGUGGCACUGAGUCACAUCACUAACGAUAACUGUCGCCUGCUGGAGAUCCUGUGUCUGCUCAUGAGUGAGACGCAGCUCCAGCUGGAGGCGGCCGAGUGCCUUCUGAUCGCCAUCAGCAGGAAGGGAAAGCUGGAGGAUCGGAAGCCGUUCAUGGUGUUGUUUGAUGACGUGGCCAUGCACUACAUCCUCUCAGCAGCCCAGGCGGGAGACGGCGUGGCAAUCGUGGAGAGAAACUACACCUUCUUAAAGAGACUUUGCCAAGUGCUUUGUGCCCUUGGCAGUCAACUGUGCUCCCUUGUGGGUUCUCAAGUGGAAGUGGAGGUGCCCAGUAACCUGAAUAAAUUCAUGGAAGCAUUCCUAGCCUUCACCACACACCCCAGUCAGUUUCUAAGGUCUUCCACCCAAAUGACAUGGGCAAGUUUGUUCAGACAUGAAGUUUUGUCAAAAGAUCCAGCCGUCGCCCAGAUGACUGUGAAGUUUAUGAAGGCUACUAUGACCAACCUUGUGAAGACUGGGUUUCCCUCCAAGAGUGACAGUCCAAGCUGUGAAUACUCACGUGUAGACUUUGAUAGUGAUGAGGAUUUUAACUCCUUCUUCAACCCUUUCAGAGCUCAGCAGGGAGAGGUGGUGCGUAAUGCCUGUCGGAUUGCCCCUCAGGAGGCUUUCCAGCUCGCCGCUGAAUGGCUCCAGUAUCAGAUUAACACACCCAUAGACCCUGGGAACGCCACAUCGAAGACAGUGGAGGGCCUGUGUUCUAUCCUGUCUCCCUCCGUACUGCAGUGGGAUGCUAUGACAUUCUUUAAUGAGACUGUAGUGGGCCAGCUCUUCAAAGUCCUGGAGACAGAUAAAUUGCCCAUUGAACAGGGCAUUGAGCUGCUCCAAACUGUUUUGAACUACGAGACCCGAGACCCACUCAUCUUGUCCUGUGUCCUCUCCAACGUUUCUGCCCUCUUCCCCUUUGUCACACACAGACCUCACUUCCUGCCCCAGGUCUUCUACAAGCUGUUUGCCGCCAUCACAUUUGAAGUGAUAGAGGAAAGUAAGGCACCGAGGACAAGGGCGGUAAAAAACGUCCGACGACACGCCUGCUCUUCCAUCAUCAAGAUGUGUCGAGAUUACUCACAGUUCAUCCUGCCGUAUUUCGACAUGUUCUACGACCACGUGAAGAAGCUGUUCUCCAACGAGCUGCUGCUGACUCAGAUGGAGAAGUGUGCUCUGAUGGAAGCUCUGGUCCUCAUCAGUAACCAGUUUAAGGACUUUAACAAGCAGAAGGCCUUUCUGGAGGAGCUCCUGGCCCCUGUGUCCGCACGCUGGCUGUCUGAGGAGAUCAGAAAUGUUCUGUGGGAUCCUGUCGCUUUCCUGACGUAUGUUGGCGCUGAUCAAGUGAUGGAUGACUCGGCCACAGAGGACCAGUUUGGCAUCAACAGAUCACGGAUCAGUUUUUGUGUGUAUACUAUAAUGGGCGUGGUGAAGCGAGCGCGCUGGCCAGCGGAUCUGGAGGAGGCCAAGGCAGGAGGCUUUGUGGUGGGUUACACCCCGACAGGAACCCCCAUCUUCAGGAACCCCUGUGCCUCACAGGUUCUGGCCAUGCUCCCCAACCUGUUAGCUGUGAUAAGGACUCAGAACACCCUGUUCCUGCCGGAGAACAUGGCUCGACUCAGCGAGACCUUCACCAGGGCGUACGACUUGAUGGAUGUGGAGAAAAAUCUGGUCCUGGGUCUGCCCCAGCCUGUGCUGGACAUAUACGACGCCCCUGUUUAUAAAACCACACUGGAGCGGAUGCAGGGUUUCUUCUGUGCUCUCUAUGAUAACUGUUUCCAUAUGCUUGGACAGGCUGGGCCCUCCCUGAUGCAGGACUUCUACACCAUAGAGGGUUUGGCGGAGCAGCUGGUUGGUUCUGCCCUCAUCCACCUGGACAGUGUCCCUGACCACAGACUCCGCCCCAUGCUCCGAGUGUUCAUGAAACAGCUGGUUCUGUACUGUCCACCGGAAUACUACGACAGCCUGCUCUGUCCCCUCCUGGGGCCUCUGUUUGCCUACAUUCUGCAGAGACUGAACGUUAAGUGGCAGAUCAUUAACCAGAGGAGUAGUCUGUGUGGAUCAGAAGAGGAGGAGACUUGUGAGGAGAACCAGGUGACUCAGGAGAUGCUGGAGGAGCAGAUGGUGCGUCUGGUGACACGUGAGGUCCUGGAUUUGCUCACUGUGACAUGUAUUGUGAAAAAGGUGCCAGAGCCUGCAGCCAAUAAAGAGGAGAUUGAUGGAGACGGAGAAAUGAUGACUGACUCUUCGCAGGGAGUCACUCCCUCUUACUCUUCAGAGGAGCUUACAGAGCUAGGAAAGAGCCUACUCAAACAUGAGGACAUUUAUAUGACCCUUCUCACCAUCUCAUUUAACGGCUUGUCCUGGAAAGACACCAGCAUCUGCCAGAGAACAGCCUCCCUGGUCUGCUGGACCUUACUAAGACAAGUGGUCGGGGGUAGCCUGCUCCCUGAGGCAGUGACGUGGCUGUACACCAGUGUGCUGAAGGGUCUACAGAUGCACGGGCAGCACGAAGGGUGCAACGCGGCCCUGACCCAGCUUGCCUUUCUUAUCUACGAGGCCUUGAGACCUCGUUAUGUUGAGUUACGAGCUGUCAUGACUCAGAUACCCAACAUCCAGUUAGAGGCACUUGAUCAGUUUGACCAGAAGAUCCUUAAUCCUGCAGCACAAAAGAUUGGGGAUAAAAAGAGAAAGGACCUAUUCAGAAAGCUCAUCGCAGGCACAGUCGGGAAACCCCUAGGACAGCAGUUUAAAAAGGAAGUCCACAUCCGAAACCUCCCUUCCCUCUUUAAGAAGGGCAAGCCGGACACGAAAGACAUUCUGGACAAGUGCGAGAAUACUGGUCUUGCAUCACUCUUCACUCCACAGCAGGACAACAGCUAAAAGACAAAGAACACACACACACACACACACAAAAGCAGGCAGCUUCACAGACUCUACAGUCCCAACCUAACUUCAUCAUAACUUUGCUCAUGUCAAAUGGGGGCACUGUGCUAAGAGAGUGUGUGUGUGCCUCAGUCUAGUGCAGGUGGAUCAUGAUGGCUUAACACCUUAACCAGCACAUCCUUAGACUGGAAAUGGUACUGCUCAGAACCGGACUGUGUGGCCUGUCCUGGGGCUAAACGCCACGGGGGAUGUGCCAAACAAAAGACUGUGUCGUGUGCCACAAAACACUUUCUACAGGGACACAAGAAAGAGGUCUAAAGAGAGAUGAAUUCAAAUUCAGAUCUUCAGAUGUUUGCGAAUACAAAAAUAAUUAGUGAUAGGAAAUGAAAAAAAACCUGCAGGAAAUGAAAGAUCAGUUGGCGUGGGAAUUCUUUAGCUCUCAGUAGUUGAGGUUGCCAUGCCGACUCAUCAGUGUGACCUCUGUGUGAGCUGUGUAGCCACCAUCAUGAGAAAAA